AUGGUCUACUAUUCUGCAGCUUUCUCCAGCAUUUUCGGCGUCACAAUCUCCGCUGAGAAGAAUCAGCUACCUCUGAGAGCCUGGUACCCCUUUGAUGCAACUAAGAGGCCAGUGUACCAAUGGACUUAUGCUCAUCAAAUCAUUGCGUUAAGUAUCGCUGCUGGUGUAAAUUUGUGUUGCGACGUUUUAGCGUCGGCACUCAUCGGUCAAUGCCGCUGCAGAAUGCGGCUGAUAGCUGACUCUUUGAGAACUUUGUGUGAUGACGUCGAAGUCGAUAAAAAGGGUCGUGUAACGGCAGAAGGUGAGAAGGUUCUCAAGAACCGCGUCCGUAGUAUUGCGAUGCGUCACCAGCUUGUGUUGGAGCAGGUAAAACAACUUCAGCAGUGCUUCUCCAUACCAAUACUAGUGCAAUUCGCUGUCGCCGCCUUUAUAAUAUGCGUGACUGCCUACCGCAUGGCAUUCGAGAACAGCUUUUAUCGUCUAAUGUCUAUGAUCAUAUAUAUAAUAGUGAUAACGAUGCAAGUGUACAUCUACUGUGUCGAAGGAAACAAUCUCACUAUAGACAGUUACGAAAUCUCGAGAGCAGCCUACGAGUGUCCCUGGUACGAGUGUUCUGUACCCCUCCGCAGACUCCUACUCGUGAUUAUGAUAAGAUGUACGAGACCCACUAUAAUCACUGCUGGUGGAAUCGUGGAACUAUCUUUGGACACAUUUGUGUGUGACCACGAGACCAGAAAUCAACAAGUUAUAUUCCUGCUCAUGACUUUCGUUACUACCAUCGGCUGGGCGACCAUCACUGACAAGAAUGGACUCCCUCUACCGGCUUGGUACCCUUACAACACGAGCAUCUCUCCCGCCUACGAGCUGACCUACAUGCACCAAACGUUGAGCAUCAUGAUAGUGGCUGUACUGAACAUCACGUCACCUAUCAUGAUUAUUAAGACUUCAACACUAGUAGGAAAACUACCGGCCGAGUGGCAUGGAAAAAAAAGCUCCGGAGAUGAAGACUACAAAUAUUAUGGCGGGACUGCUAACAAGCUGUUCACAUCGAAACGAGAAGCGAUAGUAAAGAAUCGUCAGCGCAUAUAUGUUCCUCAACACCAGAGGGCGCUACGGGCUGCUGAAAUACUGCAAAAUGCAAAAUGA